CUAGAACACUCGUUAAUGUUAGCGUUCAACGAUAAAGGUAAAACAUAUCUAUAAUAAAACAGAUACUGUCUUUUUUUUUUUUCUUUCUUCUCUUUUUUACUUAAUAAGGCAACUGUAUUCAAAUCCCAGUAAUCAAAGAAAUGAUUAAUUCCGAAUUGUAGCAGCAAUUGGUAAUUUCAUCUUUAACACUAAUGAUAAUCAAAUCCGCAAAUUUCACAUUCCGCCAGUUAGCCGCUUGCAAAAAUUCCAGAGUGAUGAAAAUUCCAGAGAAAAAAAGUGAAGGGUAAAAAAUAGCCCGCCAAAAAUAAAACCCAUUAAAAAAAAAAAAAAACUUCCAUGCCACAUUAAAAAACUGAAUGCUUUAUCAUCGAUUCUUGACCCGAGAAACAAAAAAAUAAAGGGCACAAAAACCCUUACUGGGGUUUGUUUUUCUGCUUACACUCGCUCAAAAUUUCUAGAAAGCGUAAUGGUACGAUUAGAUUCAGAUUCCCAGCCACAAAAUGCCCAAAACAGCUUGUGUUUUGGUAAAGGUGAAGAGGUGGAGGUAAGCAGCGACGACGAUGGGUUUAGAGGAGCAUGGUAUGUGGCAACAAUUGUUGAAUCACCAGCAGCAGCAGCAGGCAAAUCAUCAGCUUCAAAAAAGAGAAGAAAAAUAGUGAUUGAGUACAAAACAUUGGUUAAAGAAGAUGGGUCUACUCCAUUAACAGAGCUAGUGGAUCCUGCAUAUGUGAGGCCUUUACCUCCUCGGAGUAAUGACAACCUUGUUUUUGAAGAAAACGAUGUCGUUGAUGCUGGGUAUAGAGAUGGUUGGUGGAAUGGUAUUGUAAGAAAAGUUUUGGAUGGUUCUAGAUAUAGGGUUUAUUUUGAUAAUCCACCUGAUGUUAUUGAUUUUGAUGGUAAAGAUUUAAGACCUCAUUGGGAUUGGGUUAAUGGCAACUGGGUUUCACCUGAGAAGCAGCAAACGACAGGGUCGAUUUUUAGCUCAGGCACAGCAAUAGAGGUGAAUAUUGACAAAGAAAAUUUCCGUGAUGCUUGGUUCCCUGCAGUUGUCAUAAAGGAAAAUGGGGAUGACACUUUCUUAGUGAAGUAUCAAAGCUCAGGGAACAAUGAUGAGGCUGGGACAAAAGUUAAUGUGGACUCCCUCCACAUUCGGCCUGUUCCUCCUCAUUAUGCAGACAGAAAUUUUGAGUUGCUUGAAAAGGUGGAUGCACAAUAUGACUGUUGUUGGCGGUCUGGAUUAAUUACUAAACUUCUUGCUGGGAGGAGGUUUAAAAUCUAUUUUAAGCAUGGAAAUGUGGAAAAAGAACUUGAUUACUCAAAGAUAAGGCCUCAUGCGGAAUGGAUUGAUGGCCAAUGGAAGUGUAAAUACAAGCUUUUGUUUCAGGAAGUCAUGGUUGCUUCUGAUGAUAAAAGAAAGUUGGGUAAUGUCCACUGCCACAGUGAUAAACCUGACAUGUCUGUAAGACUAGAUCGUUCGGGUGCCACGGAGGGUAGGACUGAAGAGAAAGUACCUUGUUCUACAACCACGAGGAAUUUGUUGGAGCAGUCGCUUCAUUUCAAUGAAAAGAUACCUUCUAAUAUCUUGCCUCCAAGCAAGAAGAUAAAACUGGCUGCUCCUAAUAAUACUGGUACUCAUUCAUGUUCUUCUAGAAAGUCAAUAGAAGAGGAUGCUGUAGAUGUCCCAUUAUCAGUUGCAGCAUUGCCUUUAACAAAGAUGCCAAUUGAAACACCAACUAUAGAAACUCUCCGUGGUUUAGCCACUCGAACAACUGGAGGUAGAAGGACCAGAUUCUCCAAAAAACCUGUGAUCACUGAGCGGGUUACUGCUAAAACCGAGAACACUCCAGCAGGAAAGACAAAUUUGCAGGCUGUUCCUCAAUCUGAUAUCGUCCUUAUUCGUAUUAAAGAGCUACCUGAGAAGAGUAGGCAGCAGAAAGUUACUGAAGUGAAAUCCCAAAGUUCGGAUAUUGUGACAAGGAAAUGGCGACUUACUAAACCACCAUUUAGAAGUCCACAGGUUUCAGCAGCAGUGUAUGCUGCUACCCACAUCAAUGAAAGUGGGAAAAAAAAGAAGAAAGGAGCUAAGGUCCCUCUUGUCUUAGCAUUAGAAGCUAAGGGAACUGAGCUUCAAGGUGGGGAGACACUGAAGCUUAUGAAGGAUCAGAUGAACUUAAAUGAUUCAGCAGGAGACAAGGUCACGGGACUUAAUCAGCAUAAACAUGGAAGCAGUCAACGAAGAAAGAGAGGAAGACCAAGGAAACUAGUAACGAUUAGCCGAAUGGCUUCAGAGGCUGGUAAGGAGGACCAUGGAAUUGAAGAUGUUGCUAAUGAAAUAGUUCUAAAAGUUCAACCAACUAAUGAAGUUGAAUUGCCAACACAGACAAGGGUGGAGUUUACAGUUUCUCAAGUUUUGUUUACAGAGAAAACAGCUGGAGUUUUGGAGACAGAUUGCUUGACAAAAGAAGUUGACAUGGCAGUUACCACUGGGUCAAAGGCUGUGGUUGAUGAUGAUCAACCUCUCUCAACGUGGAUCGGGGGAAUGCAUUCCUCUGUCAGUGGCGAAGAAUUAGUACUAUCUUCUGGAAGGUCUUCUUGUGGAUGGGAUGAGAUGAGAGAAAGACAUGUUGAUCGAGCAAUGGUAUCUUCUGUGAAUGAGAUCCAACAUGACUGCAGAGCCGAUCGAAAUGAGUGCUUGCCUUUUGUGAAGAGAUCAUUGGUAUGGAAGACAAUUGAAUCUAUGGAAAUAUUCCGAAUCAUGCCCCAAAAACCUCAUUUUCAUCCUUUAGCUGAUUGUAAAGAGGAGUAUCGCGAAGGGUCGGCCAUUGGUAUUAUGGUAACGUUUGCCAGUUUGUUUGAGAAGAUAACCUCUCUGAGACUUGAUGAUUCUGAAAGCGUUUUGUUGAGUACUUUGGAAAGUCUUCUUGAUUUGGAGAAGCAUGGAUUUGAUGUUACCAUGCCAAGAAACCGCGUGAAGGAAUUGUUAUUAAUAAAAAACGGGAAAGAAGAACUCCUGAAUGAAACAAAAGAUGUUGAAAAACAGAUAAGGGAGCACACUGAUGAGAGCGGUAAUUUGGAUGCAAAGAUAAAGGACAUUGAAAAGAAGAUAAUGGAGUUACAGGAAGAACUUGCUACAUCCAAGUCAGUGAUGGAAACAAAGAAAAUUUCGAUUUCCAGGUUGCAAUUGCAUAUGCAUUCUCUGAACACACGCAUUAGCAACGCCCGGGAUAGUUUUGACAAAAUAGCUAGUGCCCCUUGGAAAUUGCCCUGAUGCUAUGUAGCGCAUUCUGUUUCCAUGUACAUGUGCAUAUGUAGGGCACAGCUGACCAUGAAAAUUGUGCCAUUAGCACUUCAGCAGCAGUGUUUCAUGAAAAUGUAUCUAAUCCGCUCAUUUCUGCUCUGUAUUUGUGUAAUAACACCGUCUGGUUCUGGAGAUGUUUUUCCAUGGUCGCUGACAGAUUAUAGGGAAAAGGCUUAAAUCUGGUCUCAUGUUUAUUUCGAAAGUCACAUUAGACCUUUAUGUUUUUGUUGAGACAAAUAUAACCUUGUAGUCUCCAAAUUGUAGUUUUCAAGCACGCCCAAGCACAAGACACUAUUUGUAGCUGCAUGUACAAUGAACUGGAAGGUUGUCUGGUUUGGGCAACAAAUCAAUGGAAUUUUGUCUAGCACUA